CUGCCGCCAAAGAGAAGAAUGAGAGUCAGAGUUCCCACUUUGAAUACUUUUCUUUUUUGAAGGCACUAUCUGCUGUCCAGCGGGUUACACGGACUGCCUACCGGAAGACGUGUUUGUUUGCUGCAUUUGAAUGAAGCUCCUGCUCAAUAGACGAUCUUCGCCGCCCGUCGCUGCGGCUCCUCGGCAGUUAGCUAACAGUUUAGCAUGAACAUGACCUGACCGGAGUGCUGCAGGUUCGUCCGCCCAGUUCACCUGACCAGGCAGAACGUGUAGGAGAGGGGGUGGCGGUGGCAUGCGUAUGGGCAGCAGCUGGAGGUGGCAGCUCUCCCGGGCCAUGAGACUAGCGCUUCGCUGGUGCCGGCUGUGCCGCCCGCAGAGAGGUGGUGGCCGAGGCGGGGGGAGCAAGCUGUGGAUCAGCGGCAAGUUUUUGGAGCUGUGGAGCUACAGCAAGCUGCUGCUCAAGUCACUGUACUUCAACAGCCUCAGCAACUCGGACACCCUGCUGGACUGUGCGUUCGAACCCGUCUACUGGAUUGUGGACAACGUGACCCGCUGGUUUGGAGUGGUGUUUGUCUCUCUGGUCAUACUGCUCACAACUUCAGUUGUGGUCAUCGUCUACCUGUUCGUCUUACCCACGAUCCUCGGCACUUACCCUGUGUACUGGAUCAUUUGGCACCUCUGCUGUGGCCACUGGCUUCUCGUCAUGGUGGUUUUUCAUUACUACAAGGCCACCACCACCUCCCCAGGACACCCACCCAAGGACAAAGUUCAUAUUCCUUCAGUGUCCAUCUGUAAGAAAUGCAUCACUCCAAAACCACCCAGGACGCACCACUGUAGCAUCUGCAACACGUGUGUCUUGAAGAUGGAUCACCACUGUCCCUGGUUGAACAACUGCGUGGGUCAUUUCAACCACCGCUACUUCUUCUCCUUCUGCGCCUACAUGACCCUGGGCUGCAUCUACUGCAGCAUCAGCAGCAGGGACUUGUUUCUAGAUGCUUACGGUGCUAUAGAGAGAUACUAUCAGACCCCUUCUCCACCCGAAGACUUAAGCGAGACCACCAGUCACAAGAGUAUCCUCUUCCUCUGGGUGCUGACCAGCUCAGUGGCAGUAGCUCUUGGAGGACUCACCCUGUGGCACAUCAUACUCAUCAGCAGAGGAGAGACCAGCGUGGAGCGGCACAUCAACCGCAAAGAGACCAGAAGACUAAGAGAGAAGGGAAAGGCGUUCAGAAAUCCAUAUCAUCAUGGUAGAAUGAACAAUUGGAAGUUACUGUUUGGCGUGGAAAAAAGGAGUCACUGGUUCACGCGGGUCCUCUUGCCGUCCAGCCACCUUCCUAAAGAAGACGGCAUCAUUUGGGACUGCAACUUCAACAGAACUGACCCGAUGGCCAUCUGAACUUCAGCUUUCAACCAAAACAACAAAACAAAACUUGUACAACUUCUAACCUGCAUUUUACAUCACAAGCAUCGUGUCGUGACCAGCUAGGAGGAGGAGGACCUCCCACUUCAUCUGCUACGAUCAUCCAUCAAGGAAAAAGCUUUAUAGCUGCACAAAUCAAAGAGAUUUUUGCUGAACUGCUAGAAGUGGGAACCUCAUGGAUAUAACCACUAGUGAUUCAUCACCUUGUACAGUAGGUCUAACUGUAGACCUUGCCACCAGCCGUCUUCACGCUGUGAAUGCAGCUCUGUAGACUAAUUUGAUUUCGAAACGGUGCUGCUGGCCAGCAUCGCUGUCAAGACCAAACCUCUUUUCUUCUUUCUCUCAUGAGACUCAACAAAGACUUUUUGUGCAUUUCUUGGACUGAAAAUCUUCAAUCACCAACCCUGCAGCCUCUUUUUUAAAAGCGUCUAAGACUGAGGGACAGACAGGGUCGUUAGUAUGCAGUUACAGCAUCUUAAAGGUGCUAUGUGUUGCAUUUUCAAACAUCAGUGCAGCAUAUUUGAUCAUUUUCCAGCUGUAUUAAUGCGUUCAAAAUAAGACUACAUUUCCCAGAUACCCUGCACGCUGGGGUUUUCUGUCUUUACCUAAAAAGGUCAUUUUGUGUCACUGGAUUUCAAACAGACUUCUCAGAGGUCUCAUUUGUUUACACUGUUUCAAUGUGCCAGCAUUAAUGUGCUCGUGGAAAAUGCAAAACAUAUCAUCAUUAAUAACUGACUCAGCGUGUAGUCAGAGAUCUGAGCCCAAACCACAUCAUCUUUGUUAAGUUUGCUUUGUUCAUGAUUGUGUCUCGAGCUGAGGGUAAAUCCAAGUGUUUCUUAACGUGGUGGAGGCAAGUGGUGCGAUGAAAUAUUUUCGAUAUUUAUUUUUGAUUCUUUUUAACUGUCCUGUAAUUUUUCAAAAGUGUUUUAAGGGUUUCUACUCUGCAUGUUUACGCCUGCAGUAUUUUGAGUUUUUGAGAAUCACUGAUGUUCUCGUGCCGAAGACGAGCACAAAAAAACCCAAGUUUGACUGACUUCAGUUGCACAGCUCUCAUUUUUAUCAUGAGAUCAUCAUCUUUAACACUGAAAAAUGUGUGUGCCUUGUUUGGUUGUUAAGCCUUUUUAAAAAGACGAAUCAGGCACUGUGAAAUGUAAUUCCACAUUUUUAAUUCCCACCCCGACAUGUUCAUGAUGGAUGAGUUGGAUCUGUAGUUGCCAUAGAAACAUGAUGUACAGCUGUGAUCUCAUUUGUAAGCAACAGGAGCCGUGCUCCACUCUGAAUGAUUUUAUUAAAAAGACAAUACCUGUUUGAUAUUUGAA